AUGGUCGCUUUUGACGAUGCUAUCCCUCGCGUGUUGUCCUUUUAUGAUCAAUGUCCGUCUGCUGCUGAAAACAAGUAUCUUAUGGUCGGCCUGAAUCUCAUGUUUCUCCUAGCAAGUAAUCGUCUAUCUGACUUCCAUAUGCUGCUGGAAUCAGUACCUCAGCAUAUACAGACGAGUAACCCUUACAUUUCUACACCAGUACGCCUCGAACAGUCUUUGAUGGAGGGAGCGUACAAUAAGGUCAUACUCACGGAGAAGACUAUCCCUAGCCAAUAUUACAGCACAUUCAUCAGGAUCAUGAUGGAUGCAGUCAGGUAUUCUUUGAAUAACGGCUAGUU